GUGUUUACGACCGAUCGCCGCCGCCGUCCAGUACGAUCGCGUCGACUACCACCACCGCGAAAUCGUAGUCAUUGUUUGUUAUUAUUAUCAAAUCCGACCAGAAACGCACAAACUCACGACGACGGUCCGUGGGAAAAUUUUUUAGCGGUUUGAGUGUAUGACCAUUUAAACGAACGAAUUCGACGACGACAGCGUUUUCAAGUAGUCUACACGAUCGGCGAGACGGGUGCCCGACCCAUCGAGCGCGUCCACUCGCGGAGUCGGCACUCAUGUCGCGAAACCUGUAACUUCAACUGACGGAUAAGCGUCCACGAUAGCAGUACUCUGACCAUUGUCUCUAGUCCUGUCGUUACAACAUCGCAACAUGCGCCCGAGCGGUGGCGUCUGCCUAAAACUUCUGUUGUCCGGUUACUGUCUGAUGCUGCGGCUUUUUCUGCUGAUCGCACCGGUACAAAGUAGUGUAAGGUUUAUAACUGAACCUAGUGACAUUGUAACAAUUGCUGGUAAAACCAUACGAUUGGAUUGUGAAGCAAAUUUUGAUAGUGUUGCUACAUUGCCUCAAAUUAGAUGGAGGAUUCCUGAUGGGCAAUACUUUGAUUUUAUCGGAGAUACGAGAAGAUCUAUUUUGAAAAAUGGGUCUCUGCUUAUUAAAAAUGUUUUCAAUAACGACGAAAAAGAUAUUUCUGAAGGUUUAGAAGCUUAUCAAUGUGUAGCAUUUGUUGAUAAUAUUGGUUCUGCUGUUAGCCGUAUAGCAACUGUGACUCUUGCACGUCUAUCGCCAUUUGAAAAACAACCAACAGAUCUAAGACUUCUUCCUGGACAAACAGCACAUUUCUCUUGUGUCAUUAAUUCCCAACCUUUACCAAAAAUAACUUGGUUUAAAGACCAUUCACCAUUAGUAAUAGACGCUCGGAUGACAAUAUUCCCAUCAGGCGCAUUAGAAAUUGAUGAUGUCCAUAAAGAAGACAAUGGUGCCUAUAGAUGUAAUGUUACUGGAUUGGAUAGGCAUAGAUUAAGUGAUCCUGGAGUGUUGACAAUUGUUGAAAAUGAAGAUGCAAUUAAAAGAUUAAAAGCUCCAGAAUUUGUUGCUAAACCUCAUUCCACAAUAGCUUUAGAAGGAUCAAUUGUAACUCUAGAUUGUGCAGCUGUCGGAAAUCCACGACCACAAAUUUCUUGGUUAAAAGGUGGUACUCUAAUUGAUGUGGCACAUCUAGAUACCCGGUUCAGCAUAAUUGGUACUGGUGGCUUGCAAAUAACACAAGUGAAUAAAAAUGACGAUGGCAAUUAUAUUUGUCGUGCAGAGAACCAUGAAGAUUCUGCUGAUGCUUCUGCUACAUUAGAAGUCCAUGUUAAACCACAAUUUAUUCGCAAACCUAAAGAUACAAUGGUUCUUGAAAAAGAAGAUAUUACAUUGGAGUGCGAAGUAGCCGGUAAACCUCCACCACGAGUCAUUUGGCUAAAAAAUGGUGAUAGAAUUAAACAAGAUGAAUACUUGCAGUUUGUUAGUGGGACUAAUUUAAAAAUAUCUGGCUUGAUGACUAUGGAUUCUGGCAUGUUCCAGUGUUUGGCAUCAAACCCUGCUGGAAAUAUUCAAUCAUCAGCAUUUUUAAACGUUUUUCAUGCAGCUGAAAAACCCAAGGAUUUAAAAAACAAUCUGCCAUCAGCCCCGAGAGCAUUAGAAGCCAGUCUUGUAUCAUCUAGGUUAGCCACUUUAACUUGGAUUAAUCCACUUAAACCUAAUGGCGAGAUAUUAACUUAUACAAUAUUUUAUCAACAAGAAGGAUCAGACAGAGAACGUAUGACAAACACAACACAAACUGAUAUAACUAUUAGCGAAUUAAUACCCGAUAAGCAUUAUCUCUUUAGAGUUAUAGCACAAAAUAAAUAUGGUAUAGGCGAAAGUUCGCCACGUUUGAAAGUAAUGACCAAGGCAGAAAUUAAUUUACCUGGACAACCCUUCAAUGUAACUGCUAGAGCAGUUACACCUACAUCAAUAGUUGUCUCUUGGUCUAGACCAGAACACGGCAGUGAGAAUUUGAAAGAGUACAAAUUAUUUUAUAUGAAGGAUUCAACUUCUGAAGAACAAUUUAUCAUAACAAAACAUACAGACCAUGAAAUAAGUGACUUAAAUCCAUAUACCAAGUAUAAAAUUUGGGUAGUAGCAUACAAUCAAAAUGGUCCCGGGAUGAAUUCUCUAGAAGUGGUUGUUUUAACAAAACCUUCAGCUCCAUCUCAACCGCCACAAAAUAUUGUUGUUGAAGCAAUCUCUUCAACGGAGAUUAACAUUAGAUGGGAACAUCCACCAAAAUCCAGCCAAAAUGGAGUUAUAACAGGUUAUAAAAUUCGAUACAAGAAACCGGAUAGAAAAUCAUCUGGUGACACCAUCACGACAGCUGGUGAUAAUUUAGAAUAUCAAAUUUCCGGUUUAGACAAAAGUUCAACUUAUCAAGUUCGUUUAUGGACUUUAAACACUGUUGGUAGUAGUCCACCUUCAGAGUGGUUUACAGUUUUAACAUUUGAUAAAAAUCUUCGGGAAGAUACUGUCCCUGAUGCACCGACUAAUUUCAAAGUUCGAUCUUUUUCAAAUUCACUAUUGGUAACCUGGUCUCCGCCAAAGGAUAAAAGUAUUAUUGUGAGAGAGUAUACAUUAGCUUGGGGAAAAGGUGUUCCUGAUGUAUAUAAGGAAAAAUUAAAUCCAAAAAUACGGCAAUAUGAAAUUAAAAAUUUAGAGCAAAAUGCUGAAUAUGUACUGAGUUUAGCUGCAGUUAAUGAUAUGGGUUUUGGACCAUUAGCAUACCUAGUAACAACUAUAAAAGAACCUACUAUUGUAAACACAUUGGAGGAAUCAUCAAAUCCAAUAUUACCACCAAUUGGUUUAAAAACUAACGUUAUAUCCCCUAACGCCAUAGAAGUAUCAUGGACUGAUAAUUCUCUUUUAGAUGAUUUUGAUUCGAAUGUUGAAGACGUACGUCUUUAUGUUGUACGAUACAAAUCGUCCUAUUCAACUAAUAAAGCUCGUUACAAUUAUGUAAACACCACUGAACUUUCUUGCAUUAUUAAUGAACUAAAACCUAAUACUCAGUAUGAGUUUACUGUAAAAUUGAUAAAGGGCCAAUUUGAAAGCGCAUGGAGUUUACUCGUUAUGAAUAAUACUCAAGAAGCAAAACCAGCAUCACCCCCAAGAGAUUUAACUGCUGUUAAAAAUGAUGAUAAGCCUCAAUCUAUUACAUUAAAUUGGCAACCACCAAAAUUUUCAAAUGGACAAAUUAUUGCAUAUAUGAUUUUGUAUACAACUGAUGAUACAAGUUCAGACAAUGAGUGGAUUACUGAAAUAGUGGAAGGAGAACUUAUGUCUUACUCGAUCAAAGGACUGACACCUAGUACAAAUUAUUUUUUCAAAAUUCAAGCUAAAAAUUCUAUUGGUUAUGGUCCAUUUAGUACUACUAUUAGUAUCAAAACAUUGCCAGGUGGCAGUACUUACAAUGAUGGAACAUCUCUAAAAGAUGGAAAAAGUGGUAUAAACAACACAACCAUUUUAUACAUACUGAUUGCAUGUUGUUUGUUACUUAUAUCAUGUAUUGGAAUUGGAAUUGCUUUAUUGUGUUGUAAACAAAAUAAACCAUUAAGAAAUCGAAGUAAAAAAGGGUAUAUAAAAGGAUCAACUGGUUAUAAUUCAAAGGGGGUAGCUCAGUCCCCAAGCAUUAAACCGCCAGAUUUGUGGAUUCACCACGAUCAAAUGGAAUUAAAAUCGAUGGAAAAAUCCUCUCAAGGUUCAUUAGAUACUAGUUCUGGAUGUGGUCAAGGAAGUUCAAACACUUAUGAUGGUCCUGAUACCCGUGUUACCAUACAUCAUGUACCACAGGCAACCAAUUCUUUAGAAAAAAGUAACUACGUAUCGUCUUAUGUUGGUAAUACAAUUAUGAAACCUUUAUUGUCGGAUGAAAAAGUCUCCACAUUAAAAAAACGCUUUAUACCCAAACCUGUUGUUUUACCUGUUGAUUCAUUUGAUUCUAUUUACAAUGAUCCUAUGGCAACAUUACCUAAUCAAGAAUCCCGUUCACCUCAUCCAAAAUCUCAAUAUGCAACCACUGCUAGAGCUCAUGUAACUGUAGAUUUAACAGCAGGAGCUCCUGAAAAUAAUUAUAUUGUCCAAGCUACUACUGUUCCAGAUAAAUUUGAUUCCAUACCAGUAUCAUCAGCUACAAAUCUGCAACAACAGCACACAGGAUUACUAAAUUCAAGUGAAAAAAGACAACAAGGUCAUCCAUUGAAAAGUUUCAGUGUUCCUGCACCUCCACCUCAGUCAGCUCCAUCUACUCCUCAACAAAAGCACAUUGUAACAGUGAGGCCACAAGGGUCAUCUAGUCCAUACAAAAAAAAUAUUUACUCAGCUAUUAAUAAUUCACCAUCCAGUACAUCUGUGUCUGGUGGUCCUAAAACGUGGAAGUCGCCAUUAACUGGUUCAAAUCAAAGAGAUACCAUAACUGAAGUAGAAUCUCUUAGUAAAAUACAAACUUCCUAUAGCACUGAAGAACUCAAUCAAGAGAUGGCAAACUUGGAAGGUCUAAUGAAAGAUCUGAGUGCAAUUACUGCAUCCGAAUUCCAAUGUUAGGCACAAUAUUUUUGUUUUUAUUUAUUUCUGUUAACUUUAAAAGAAAUAACAUUUUAAAACAAACAUAUUAAUUAGAUUUAAUUUUAACUUUUAAGUAUUAAAUGCAGUAUAUCAUAAAGACUGAUCUCUGAUGUUCAGAAUGACUAUUUUAAACCACCAGAUUACAUUUGUAGGGUUAUGUGUAUAUUUUAAAUUUAUUUAGACUGUUGUUUGUACAAAAAAAAGGGAUUUGUAUGAAUUUGUCCUGUUUCUUUUGUGAUAUUUGAAAAAAGUGAUUUUGGUAAAUUAGCAAUAACUUCAUAUGUUCCCAUUUAUGAUUUAUGUAGUUUAUAUAAUCUUUCAAGUUAGUUCUGGAUAUCAUGUGUAAUAAAUUAUGUCACAUGCAAUUAAUAGGUAUUUCAUGAAAUAUUAAAAAUCAGUUUUGCAAUAUAAAUUAUUAUUUAUAUUGCACAAAUUUGUUGAAUCUAAUUUAACAUUUCCCAUCGUAUACGCAUAUUUCCCACAUACAUGACAUAACAUUCUUAAAAAAAAAAUAUUUUUUUUUUAAACAUUUGAUAUUCUUCAUCACAAAUAAAAUUAUGUCAUCUAUUUUGUAUUGGUCAUUUUAUAUUUUAUCAUUAUAUGCAGACCAAAUGUGUGUUAUUUAUGUAAAAUGAAAUUUUAAAUCAUUAUUAUGCAGUACUUGUUAAAUCGGUUAUAAGCGGCUGUUGAUUAGGUUAGGUUUAUUAGCAAUACAUUUAUGUUAUUAUCUAUUCAUUCAAUUAAAUGUAUGUAAAUGACCAAGCAUAAUUUUGAUUAUAAUUUUUUUUCAAAAGUACAAAGUAUUUAUUAAUAAGGACUAAAAUUAUAUGCCCUCAUACAUUGCAUACAAAUUGUGAUUAAUAAUAAUUAAGUUUAUAAUAUUGUUUACCAACAGUCAUUCAUUUUUUUAUAGCAUGUAACAAAUCUUAAAUAAAAUGUAUUAAAUCUCUUUUGAUAGUGAAAAUGUAAUAUAAAUAAUGCUUCAGUGAUGUUAUGAUCAAAUUUUAUUUUGAGAUUAAAAUUGUUUUUCUAUUUGUGCUCUAUUUUAACAACACUGCAUUUUAUCAAGUUGAUAUGUACUAAAUGUCUCAAUGCAUUAAUUAAUAGUAUAGUUGAUUUUUUAAAUUAAUAUAAAUUGUACUUUGCCUUUGGCAGUUAAAUCAAAAUCAUAAAAACUGUAUACUAGUCAACAGGUGGUAUAACAACUGUCUCAGAGAAUAUUUUUAUGUAUUAUAUUACAAAACAUUGUUCUGUAAAUGUAUACUUUAAGAUUUGAAUUGGAUGUAUAUUAAAAUAUUCUUAACACAGUUUACUAGCCAUUAUUUUAUCUAAUUUAAUAUGUAUAAUUUUUAUAUGAUGUAAUUAGUAUUAUACAUUUUCCAGUUACGACUUGUAUUAUCAUAAAGAUAGUUUUCUUUUUAUCUCUUUUAGUUUUUAAUAUUAUACUGCCAUCAAAAUGCAACCAUCGCAAUAAUGCAUCAAUUAUUUUUUUGUAUAUUAUGUAAGAUAUAUGUAAAUUAAAAUUCUCUACAUUUUUGUAAAUAACUAACUAAAAUUACAAAUAUCAUUCAUUUAACAUGUCUUAACAACUAAUUUUAAUUUUAACGUAAAAUGAUUUACUAAAUCAUUGUAUAUUAUAUUUAU